AUGCCCACAUACCGCAUCCUGGACCAAGAUGGUGUCGUGGUGGACAAAGACCGCACUCUACCCAAGGUUUCGGACGAGCAAGUCUUAGAAUGGUAUAAGAACAUGCUGUCGGUCAGCAUCAUGGACCUGAUCAUGUUCGAGGCGCAGCGGCAAGGGCGUCUCUCCUUCUACAUGGUGUCGGCGGGCGAGGAGGGCAUCGCAGUAGGUUCGGCCGCAGCGCUGCACCCCAAGGAUGUCAUAUUCGCACAGUAUCGCGAGACGGGCGUCUUCGCACAGCGUGGUUUCACGCUCGACGACUUCAUGAACCAACUCUUCGCCAACCGGCAUGAUCCAGGGCUGGGCCGCAACAUGCCGGUGCACUACGGCUCUUCUGCGCUGCGCAUCCACACCAUCUCCUCGCCGCUAGCAACGCAGAUCCCGCACGCGGCAGGCGCAGCGUACGCGCUCAAGAUGCAAGCGCUGCAGAACCCGAAUGAGGACCCACGCGUGGUAGCGUGCUACUUCGGCGAGGGCGCGGCCAGCGAGGGCGACUUCCACGCGGCGCUCAACAUCGCGGCGACGCGGUCGUGCCCGGUCGUCUUCUUCUGCCGCAACAACGGCUACGCCAUCUCGACGCCGACGCUGGAGCAGUACCGCGGCGACGGCAUCGCGUCGCGCGGCCUCGGCUACGGCAUCGACACGGUGCGCGUCGACGGCAACGACAUCCUCGCCGUCUACGAGGUCACCCAGCAGGCCCGCCGCCGCGCCCUCGAGAACGGCGGCAAGCCCGUCCUCGUCGAGGCCAUGAGCUACCGCGUCUCGCACCACAGUACCAGUGAUGAUAGCUUUGCCUACCGCGCCCGCGUCGAGGUCGAGGAUUGGAAGCGCCGCGAUAACCCCAUCACCCGCCUUCGCAAGUGGAUGGAGGGCCGUGGCCUGUGGGACGAGGAGAAGGAGAAGGCUGAGCGUAGCCGAGUCCGCAAGCAAGUCCUCGCCGCUUUCGCCCGUGCCGAGAAGGAGAAGAGACCUGCGCUGCGGAAUCUGUGGGACGGCGUGUAUGAGGAGGUGACGGAGGAGGCUGAGGCUCAGAUCCAGGAGACGAAGAGGCUGUUGAAGAAGUACGAGAGCGAGUAUGAUCUGACCGAGUUCGAGGGCGGGAUUGAGGGACUGGAGAAGAAAAGGAAGUAA